UACAACGCUCCCGAAUUCUCAGCCCCGGGACGUCAAUCGACUACCCUUCAUUCCGAAGAAAGGAUCAAGGCAGACCCCCUCCUCCCGCUAGGCUACAGCUCCAUCAUCCACCGGCUUCACUUCACUCAUCACAUCUUACCUUAUCUCAUCACAUCUCAUCACACACACACACACACACACACACACAAACCAUGCUCCGCCGCCCCGCAACAACCCUCGCCAUAACGGCAGAGGACAUCGCCUCCUACGAAGACCGCCGCGCCCGCGAAGCCAUCGUCCGAGAACGACAGGUCCUCGUCCAGGCCCAGCAACAAGCCCAGCAGCAACACCAACAACGACACCAAGCCGCCCUGGCCGCGCAACAGCAGCAGCAGCACCCCUUUUCCUCACCCGCACCGCAACAGCAAUCGUCGCCGGAGCAUCCACAGCAGCAGAGAUACACGCAAGCUCAGAUCCACCAGCUGCAACAAAUGCAACGUCUGCAGCAACAGCAACAGAUGCAGCAGCAGCGACAGGGCCUAGACGAUGACAGUAUGCUCACGGCGGACGUGGACGUUGACGAGAGCUUGGAGUACGACGAGGUGCAGCAGCGGGAGCUGCUUCGAAGGCAGCAGGAGAUGAUGAGGGCGCAGAGGGGCCAGGGCGGGCGCGGCGGCAGCGGGGUGCAGACUACGCCUACGCCGGGGGAUGGGGGCCGUGGGGGACGGACGAGGGAGGAGAGGAUCGGCGUUGGGCGGCGUGGGAGGUAGAGACUCGUGGCAGGAUAUCGCCGAUGUUGGCGACGCGCGGUAUAUUUCAUCGUUGUUGGAUAGGAGAACGGUUGGCGCUUUGGAACGUUAUUUUCCGCGGACACGCCUUUCCAUGUGGUUUUUCAUGUUCGUUUACGCGUCGUUCAUCUGAGACUAGAAUUAUGGAGAACUUGGAACGUCACGCGUGAGAUAUGUCUCGGGCAAAGUAUGUUCAUCUGUAACUUUCUGAGGGAUCUCAGUCUUCUGGAUGGUAACAAAGAGUAACCCCUACAUCAAACUCAUGCGAAUCAUCGUCAAGUCGUACCCGGUGAUCUUAAGACCAACCAUCCUCCCAGCAUAGCCAGCCCGCCCAAACCAAUUUGCUCAAGAAAGAGCACCAAGACAAAUUCCACGCUUCCCGCUUGCAGUUGAAAAGUAAUGAAUAAAAUAAAGAUAUAAACGAGCGCUUGAUGAUUUGA